UGUCGAAGAAUGUUCCAUAUGAAACCCCUGGAGUGUGGCGCCUUAAGAAAACUAAAGCCAAGAACCCCCCUCAUCUGCCUCCUAACGUAGGCGUGCUACCUGCUCCAUAUAUGUUCCACAGAUGAAAUAGGAGUAACCAAAUUCAACUCUGGCACUACAUUUGGCUACGUGUGGCAUUGCUCUGGCAAUCGAGAAUAUUGCGCAACCCCCUUUUCUCCUUAUGCACCCUGCCAUCUUGAUUCUCCACCAUGACUGGGACCAUUCAUACUGCUAACGAUCAGGCAUGGCCAGCCCUCGUUUUGAGAAGUUGAAACGUCGAUGGCGAUCCAUCAGAAACUUCUUCAGCUGUAAGCGCAAAGAGUCUCCAGUUCCCCCCGCUCCAACGGGUGAGCCAGAAUGCGGCCCAGAAGACCAAGCUUCCUCGGUUUCAACAACGAUUCAAGCAAAGAGUCACAAAGGAAGUCGAAGCUCUCCCCUUUCAACAAUGAAGCGCCUGAAUAGGAGCGAAGAGGACCUGCUUUAUCCCGUUGUAGUAGGGACCAAUGUACCUGGACAGGGCAGUGAGGUCUCUCCAACUCCUUUUUCGACAACACCGAAUGUGGAGGAGCCUGGAGCGGACAGCAAUGACGAGUGCUUUACAUGUCGAGUUUGCAAGAAGAAAUGUAUGAGGCACAGUGAAUCUCGCGGAUCUCCACGAGACCGAUCCUCGAUUCUCCGCCUCCAAUGCCUGGAAAGCCAUGGACAAAGUCGACCCGCGUGGCCAGCGGAAACGGAUUCCAUGGUCGUGGACGCAGUUGCUGCGUGGAACAGCAAUCCAAGGAACAAAUUGGGCCAACAAAUCCCUAAUCUCGAGCAACUUCAAUUUGCGUUACCUUCCUUAACGAAGGAACCAACACCGAUCGAAGGCCAGCUUAGUCACCCUGCAACGAUGAAUGAACCAGAGGGUACAGAAAGCCAAUUUUUUCUUUCUUCAAGAACGAACGGAUCAAAACAGGUCGAAGAGGGCGAACCCGUUUCAACAGUAACCAAUCAAUCGAAGGGCAGAAAGAGUCAAACUUCACCCAUUUCAACAGCGCCCAAAACUAAACAGACCGAAGAAGGUCAACUUCCUCUCAUGUCAACAACAAGCAGUCUAAGGGGCGAAAAGAGUCAUUUUUCUUCUGUUUCGGAAAUGGGCCAAAAGGGGUGCCAAGAAAGUCAAUUGUACCCCUUUCCAACGACAGGCGAACUAAAUCGGAUCAAAGUUGACCAACGUGCUCCCAUUUCUGCAACGACGAAUGAGCCGAUGGACAAAGAGUAUCAUGUUUUCCCCACCUCAGCAACGAACGAACUGAAAUGGGUCGAAGAGGAUCAACAUGCCCCAGUCUCAACGGGAAUGAAUGAACUAGAGCAAGCCAGAGAGAGUUUGAAUUAUCUUAUCCCUGGAACAAGUUCUUCAAGGGGGACAGUGGGGAAGAGCGAAAAUACGUGCUUUACAUGUCAAGUUCGCAGGAAGGUACGCUUCUUAGGAGCCUUAUGUAUACUGGGGUUAUAGGAAAAGGAUCCUCGGGAGCGAAUGGUCACAGAGGCUAUUGCUGCGUGGAACAGCGAUCCAAGAAACAAAUUGGGCAACCAGAUCCUUAUUCUUGAGCAAUUUCAAUAUUCAGUACCCCCUCUACCGGCGUUUUCUGCCAUUGUGGAAGAGUAUCUUUCAGCUUCCCCGCAUGCAGCAUGCUUGCUGGAGGACUACACUCCCC